AUGGGAAACUGCUUGGUGAAUGAGGGAGUUUCCAUCUUUGUAAUUCUGGUGUGGCUUGGAAUAAAUGCAUUUCUCUUCGUUAAUUACUUUUUUGUCUAUGAAGAUGGACAGAAGUUUUAUUACACACGAGAGCUGGUUGGGUCUGCUCUGGCGUGGGCUCGUGCACCUGCUGCAUGUUUGAAUUUUAACUGCAUGCUGAUUUUGCUACCGGUCUGUCGAAAUCUGCUGUCAUUCAUAAGAGGAUCCUGUGGGUGCUGCAGACACACUCUCAGAAGACAACUGGACAAAAACAUCACCUUUCAUAAACUGGUAGCUUACAUGAUUGCUUUGCAUACAGCCAUUCAUAUCAUCGCUCAUUUAUUCAACUUCGAGCGGUUUAUGGAUAGCCAGCUGGGUGAACAUGGACAACUCAACACAAUCUUGUCAAAAAUGGGAGGAAACGAAGGUUACCUGAAUCCAAUUCGAUCCAACAAUACGAAUCCUACUGAGGUGGCGUUCGUAACCCUGGCAGGCCUGAGUGGAGUAGCCAUCACUCUGGCUUUGAUCCUUAUGAUAACAUCUUCCACAGAGAUUAUCAGGCGAUCAUACUUUGAGGUCUUCUGGUACACCCACCACCUGUUCGUGGUCUUUUUUGUUGGGCUCGUGAUCCAUGGAAUUGGGCAAAUUGUUCGUGGUCAAACAAAUGAAAGUUUGAAGGAGCAUAAUGCCACCUUCUGCAAGGACAAGUACUCACAGUGGGGGUCUGAUCCAAAAUGCCCUUGGCCUAAGUUUUCAGGGAAUCCACCAAUGACGUGGAAAUGGGUGGUUGGUCCAAUGGCUCUGUAUGUCUGCGAGAGAUUUGUACGGUUUUGGAGAUCUCAGCAGAAGGUUGUCGUUACUAAGGUUGUUACUCAUCCCUCCAAAGUUCUGGAGCUACAGAUGAAAAAGCGAGGCUUUAAGAUGGAGGUUGGCCAGUAUAUUUUUGUCCAAUGCUCCAAGAUUUCAAGCCUGGAGUGGCAUCCCUUCACACUGACCUCAUCCCCGGAGGAAGAUCACUUCAGCAUUCACGUGAGACAAGUGGGAGACUGGACUGACAAUCUGUUCAAAGUGUGUGGUGGAAAUCAAAAGGAAUUUCAAGAGGCGUGGAAACUUCCAAGUAUUGCGGUUGAUGGCCCUUUUGGCACUGCCAGUGAAGACGUCUUUCUGUAUGAAACUGCUGUUCUAGUUGGAGCAGGGAUUGGAGUAACCCCCUUUGCAUCUGUUCUCAAAUCUGUCUGGUACAAGUACACUCACUCUGAUCCAAAUCUGAAACUGAAAAAGAUCUAUUUCUACUGGCUCUGCCGAGAAACCAGUGCUUUCGAAUGGUUUGCUGACCUCCUUCAAUCCCUUGAGUCUCAAAUGCUUGAAAGAGGCAAUUCCAAUUUCUUGAGCUAUAACAUUUACCUCACAGGAUGGGAUGAAAACCAGGCAACUCACUUUGCCAUGCACCAUGAAGCCCAAACCGAUGUCAUCACAGGACUCAAACAAAAGACAUUGUACGGAAGGCCAAACUGGGAGAUCGAAUUCAAAAACAUUGCAACCAAACAUCCAAGCACCAAUGUGGGAGUCUUCCUCUGUGGGCCAGCAUCUCUGGCCAAAACUCUAAAUAAGAUGAGCAGUGCUCAUUCAUCAGGUGAUCCAAGAGGAGUACAUUUUAUCUUCAACAAGGAAAAUUUUUAAGUUCUGGCACCAAAACUUAACUUCUGAAUCCACAGUAGGUUUUAGCUUUUAGCAGUGAACCUCACCAAACAGCAAGACACGAAGAUCACACAUCUGCUGUAUAUUGACAAGUUUUUUUUAUUAGUUUCUUACAAUAGCUCAUAACUAAUCCUUUGUUUGUUUUAUGCUUGGGUUGUAUCCUGUCCCAAAGGUUUUGGCAUCAUUGUUCCAGAAUUAGCAUUGUAUUGAUGUAAACUACGUGUAAAAAAGACACAAUUUAGGAUACUUGUCUAAUCAUGUCUGUGUCAUAAAGCUGGAUUCACAGUCCUGUGCAUUAUUGUGUGAGAUAAUCGAAUUCAACAUGAUUACUUUUUGUCGGUUUGCUGUAUAUUUACUCAGGCUUUCCAUGUCUGUAGAAGCUUGUGGAUAUUUAGAUCAACUCAACCUGGACAGGAAUCACAUGUUCUUGGUUCUCCUGGGUGCUUGUUUCUGACUCUUCUUGUCAUUUUGUGCGGCAGAUCAAUCACAAGGGCAGAAUAAUAAAUCCAUCAUAUCAUGUUUAACAAGCCCAUUACCAAUACAGUAUCAAUCAUCCUCAAAUAACACAACCUAGUUGCCAGGCAUUUGGAAACUUCUGUCAUUAUCCCGUGUUGCACACACCCCUCUGAGUACCUGUUUGUUUUCAUUCACUUCCCCUCAUCGCCACUUCAGUUUGAAGAAUAAUGUAGAAGCUUAUCACCAACCCUGUACUAAAUACAAGAACUACCUUUCUAACAAGUAGCCAUAUGAUGACACUUUCACAGUAACCGUGUCUUUUCCUUGACUUUUAGGUAACAUAGGGUGAAAUUCACAAUAAAAAUAUGCUCUUCCUCAGUCAGACUAACAACCUUGUUGCAGUUAAGAACCAGUAACUUGAAAACCAUCUGACUGCAGCAAAAUCUAUCUAAGCCCAGCACCGAGUCCCAGUAAAUAGGUUACUUUUGUUUAUGUUGCUUUGCAGAAGGUAAUCUUCCAAUACUGAGUAUCACAAAACAACACAAAAGUAAUAAAUUAGAUUUUCAGACUGUACAAUAAUAAAAAUGGUUAAAAAACUAACAUUUAAUUGGAUACACAGGGGUUUCGAAGCCUAAGGAAACAGUAUGUUUCUGAAGAUUUUAAGUGCACAUAUACCUGAUGGGAAAUAGAUAUUGGGAGGCCUUGAAAGUUGGUGAAAGGAAGAUGAAGAGCUCCCACAGAUCACUAGGAUUAUGCAGAUAUGUUUCAUCUCGACAAUUCAUUCUGGCCUCUCCUCACACACUUCAACUUACUUAAGCCCAUCACCCAUGCUGGGGCAGAGGCUGCCCACAACAGCUCAUAAAGAGUCCACUGUCCAGAGCCAGUCUUUCAAAUUGUCCCCAGGUGUAGCCCAUCUUCGAGGGAUGAAGGCCUUGGAGCCUCUGUAGCUCUGUUUUUUUCUAGCAAAAUGGAGUUGCUAGCCCCAUGCCCCCUGCUCAAUCCUCCUCACUUUGCAGCUGGACUUGGGACUGUCCAUGGCAGAGUUCACACACUUUAAGCAGGUACCAUAAUAAACUAGUCCUGAUAUUCAUCUAAUAUUCAGUCAAACCUGAGCUUUACUUCAAAAGGGACAUUAUUUCAGGUGGUGGCAAUGUACAUGAAGUUCCACUUUAUAUCAUAUCUGACAAAAGAUCAGAUAUUUCAAGUACAAGAGUUCGAUUUAACAGACAAAAUAACUGUCUAAAAUCUGUGUUAUUUGCUCAAACUUCCUUUUUGAAUUAAUAUUUCACAAUGUAUAGGCUGAUACAAUGUCAUAUAACUUGAUUGAACAAAUUAUAUUAAUCUUUACAUAUUUGAUAAUAAUUGUUUAAAUAAUUUCAGUAAUGAAAUUUCAGCUUUGAGAAUUAAAGAACAAUUUUGUUUAAUUUAG